AGUUACUUAAUUACAAAUGUUGUUUUGUCUUUUCAGUACAUCAACUAUGGAAACCUGGAGCAGCUAUUAGACAGCAACCAGCAUCUGCCUUGGACAGUGAGGGUGAAAUUGGCAUAUGACAUCGCUAUGGGAAUCAGUUAUCUUCACUACAAAGGCAUUUUCCAUCGAGACCUUACAUCCAAGAACUGUUUAAUAAAACACGAUGAGAAUGGAUACUCAGCAAUAGUGGGAGACUUUGGUUUAGCAGAGAAAAUUCCAGAUCACAGUGAGAAGUUACCAGUGGUGGGGUCACCUUUCUGGAUGGCACCAGAAGUUCUCAGAGAUGAACCUUACAAUGAAAAGGCAGAUGUGUUCUCCUAUGGUAUAAUUCUGUGUGAGAUAAUAGCAAGAAUACAGGCAGAUCCGGACUAUCUCCCUCGCACAGAGAAUUUUGGAUUAGAUUAUGAUGCCUUCCAGCACAUGGUGGGAGACUGUCCCCCUGACUUCCUCCAGCUGGCGUUCAACUGCUGUAAUAUGGAUCCAAAGCUGCGUCCUUCGUUUGCUGAUAUUGUCAAAACACUGGAGGAGACUUUAAACCGCCUGAGAAACGAGGAUUCUGAGAGAGACAGGAAGUUUUUGAAUCUUGACAACAAUGAGAGAAAACCCAAAGGGUCAAUUGAAAAAGGACCAGGAGUAAAACGUUUGAGUUCCCUGGACGAUAAGAUUCCACCCAAGUCACCCCGUCCACGUCGGAAUAUCUGGUUGUCACGUAGCCAGUCGGAUAUCUUCUCUCGCAAGCCUUCCAGGAAGAUAAAUGUGCAGGACCCCUACUACACACCAAACAAAGGAUUAGGCCGGAAAGUUAAUCCCUUCAGUGCCCGGGAGGACCUCAAGGGUGGAAAGAUAAAAUUCUUUGACAUGCCAAGCAAGUCUGUGAUCUCUCUUGUGUUUGACUUGCAUUCUCCAGAGGCAGGUGGUUGCCUGAAAGCCAGCCAGUCCCAAUUCCGGCAGGCAUAUAGCACAGACUGGCAGGAAUUUUCCCUCCUUCCUGGGAGGAGAUGCAGAUCACUUCCAGUCUCUCCUGAAUUGGCACACAAAGAAUAUGGCCUGUUUAGUGGACUGUCUUCAACCAUCAGUAGAUGUGAUCCAACCCAGCUAAGUGCAGAGGUUCGGCAAAAGCUCCUGAGUAGCAGUAAAUAUGGUGUGUCAGAGAUUCCACCCUUUCAAGCCAAGCCUCACAGGCCAGAAUUUCUUUCUGUACCAGGACAAGAGGAGGAUAUGGACUGUUCGGAUGGGCCAGUGUCCCAGGAGGAAAAUGGAUUUUACUCUGAGAACACAUGUGAGAAUCCAGCACGUAAUCAACCAUUAGUGCUGGCCCAGUCAGAGCCAUUAUCUUACAAAGGGCUGCCAGUCGAGAAUUCAUUGAACUCAGAGGAACACUCCUCACAUGUGUUUGCUGGUUGUCUCCCUUCUGAAGAGAUGGAGGUGGAAGACAACCUGCUGAAAAACACACUGCUGGAGUCUACAAAGCCUCUGUUCAGCGUCUCUCCUUCCACGGAGCUGAGGACAGAUGCACGGCCAUUCAGGGAGCACGAUGGGGACAGCACUGUCCCGUUGUCUCAGACGUCCUCCAACAUCUCAGCAAGUGGCAGCACACGGCCAACUUGUGACAUAUGAAGAGAGGGCUCAAACGGAGCAUGUCCUCGAGGGAACCGUUGUUCCCAGUCACUUAAACUGUUCUUCAGUAGCGCUGCAUUUUGUGCUCAAAGGAGACCCAGCAGGUGGUAAAAAUGGGCUGUCAAACAGGUAGCUGAGGACAGCAUCUGAAGAGACUAAUGAUUUUAACUAUUUUCAAGCUAUGCUUAUUUCCUCCCUUGAUUUGCUUUAGGAGGGGAAACUACUGCAGCCAGAAUUUCCAUGUGAGCCCUAUACCUUAUAAAGAUAGUAACCAGAAGUAGACGGCACACAAACAGUUUGACCUGGAUUCCAGCAUGGAGCAUUUUGAGGCCUUAAGUUCCAGGUUGAGUGCAAAGAGCGACGCGUAGGGUUUCCCUCUUCCUCUGACUGACCAGCUGCUCUGAACUGCUGCAGAUUUUGCAUUAGCAUUCUGCAAGCAGUAUAUGUGAAUCAGAGCCUCUGUUCCAGAAAUGGGCACAGAUCUUUCAGAGCCGUGUUUAGCAGAUAGCAAUGCUUUCUUGUCCCAGUGCUGCUGUGAAUGCUGUUGCAGCAUUAAACAAGCUCUUCUUUCAAAAGUAGCAAAAACAAAACCCCUCAUGUUGGUUGCAGUCUGCAGGCUGAGUCACAUGAUAAGUACUUUCCAGUUAACAAGAGGAAUCUGUUCCCUGGUGUUUCAUUUUGCCAUGGGAUUUGUUAGUGAAGUGUAAUGCAUUAAUGCAUUAGUGUGGGGAAGAAAGAUGCAGUGAGCACCACUUUCUUUCUUGCACGGCUUUUAAUGUACCUCGACCCAGAUGUGGAGGAAGAUUUGCCCAGGGAGAAAAAAUGGAGCCAGUUUCCAGGCACUGUCAUUUUUGGGCUUUUUGAGGAACUGCCAGUGGAAGUACCAGUUGUACUGAGCUUUUGGGCUCUCCUCUCAUAAGACACCAUAAUCUAUUUCUGCAGAAUAGUUAAAUAUAAUUUCUAGAUGAACAGCUGUCACUAUGGUAGGAGGGUCACGUUCAGACCCCUCUCUGGUAGAACAUCCAUCUCAUUGAUGCCACUGCACUAAUGAUGUUAGUCGUGACUUCUGAAAAAGCAGACUGUUUGAUGGGGGACAAGAAUCCCCUCCUCCAGAGAAGCCACCAGCAGUGUUGCAGCCACAUGAGAGCUUUUGGAUAAGGAUAGAUAGAAGACUCACAGAUGGGCUUUUGAGUAGUCAAACUGAAGAAAAGUAACUCAUCCUUUUUUUUUAAAUUU